CCGAGACGACCGCUCGUUGCGUCACUGACAGUCUUAAAUUGUUGAUCCACUGUUCAUCUCAGAUAAAUAAACGAAUAAGUGCCUUGAAUCUUGCGCUGACAAGAGCAAAAUCCUCCGGUAACAGUCUCAGGGGCUCACUGUUCCACCGUGAAACAAGGAUGAGAGAAGAAUCCCAACAUCUCAGAGAGUUCCGUUAUAACUAACCUGCUCAAAUCUCUUCAAUUCUUCGACAAGAAAAACAUGAAUGUAAAUAUUAAGAGUUCGUUGAUGCUGGACAGGAGGAUUCGGAUCGAAGAGAACGGCCUGCUGGAGGACCGAAGACCGGAGCGUCACCCCCCGGAGCAGAGUACGCCGAAGCGCCCGAAGCCCCAAUCGCAAGAUGCCCUGACCCAGGAGUACCGCACGUCCCCCCUCCUCCUGACGCAGGACACGAACAACGAAGUGGCGUGGGACUGGCAGUCCCCCCAGACAAAGACAAAGCCAAAAGCCAAACCCGAGGCCUCGAGCACCCCCAAGCGGCCCCGCCUGGUCCACAAGAAGCGCAACUCCAACUCCCCGCUGGUCUACAAGCCCUUCAAAAAGCGAAUAAUAAAAAGAGAGGACAGCGCGAGCCUGGACCAGUGGAAGAACGAGUUCCUAGCCCUGAACGCCCGGAUUGAGACAGUGGCAUCGCACGAGUCGUCAACGGAGAACGUCGAGCUGAACGAAAUCGCGGACGAGUUAGUUUUCGACGACGAUUUCGAGAAUGAGAACGACGUGAUAGUGAUCACAGACUCGCCAGACGACCCAAAAAUAACGAAAGUCGACAGCAAAGAGAAGGAGAGCCUCGAGGAUUUGUUCAACGACUCGUUGAACGACGAGUCGAUGUUGCGGUGUUCGCAGGAGAUCGAGGCGAAGUUGAAUAUUGGCCCGGCGAGGGGGUCCUCAGCCCCCAAGAACCCCCAGAAGCCCCCGGUGUCGGCCCCCUCCCCAUCAGCCUCGAGAUUCAAGAAGCACAAGUCAGAGCCGAUCGACAAGAACCCUUCGAGAGACCUGGGAGCUUCUUCGAAGGAUUUCAAGGCGUCUGACUUCAUUGACCUCGACGACCUGGUGUUCCCCGAUGACUCGUUCGAUGACCUGGUGAAGGCAGCAUGCGCGACGACAGCCAAAUACGAGGACACGACGACUGGAAAGCAGAAGGAGGAGAGAUCGGAGACAGUAAGCGUUGGCAGUUCUGGUUCCAGUGGAGGAGGCAGUGGGAGCGGCCACCAGAGGAAGGAUUUUCAGGGGAAAAUGUCGGCGAAGGGGACCUCAGCGGUGCCCCAGAGGGCGAAUAUGCAGAGAGGGGGGUUUAGUGGGAAUAGGGGGGCCCCAGGGACGCAGAUGGCUUCCGGGAACGACAGGAGAUUCUUCAAGUCUAGGAAUCGCUCGGACUCGAGCUUCGAUAGUUCAAGUAGAUUGAGUUCAAUGAACAGUUAUUCUGGGUUUAGUGUUGGGGCUAGAGGCGGUAAGACAAGCUCCACCUCCGUAAGUACACAAAUGAUGGAUUUAAGAAGGACUCAAUCCGCUAUUGAUCGAAAGAAUUUUUUUAUGACUAAAGAAAACAGUAACUGUGGAAUUAACAAUUUUGACAGAUUAAGGGUAAGAGACGAUGGUAAUACUGUUGUCUCGAGUGGAUCUUCUAGGAGUCAAGCUCAAUGCACGCCUGAGGAGAUCGAGAGGAAGAGGAUUGAGGCGAAGAUGAAGCUCGAGGCCAAGAGAAAAAUGCAGAUGACACAGAAUUCAGUUAAAAGGUGAGGGAGACGGAUUCUGUUGAUUUUUCUGAUUCGUUGGGACUCGUUGCGUCUGGAAUAGGACGCGAGAGGAUAAGUGGGAGGACGAGAGCUUCGAGGUGCCUGUGAAAUUGUCAAGUGUGAUCAGAGUGCGGAGAGGAUUUUGUAUUAAAAUGUAAACAUGUAUAAUAUUGUUUUAUAUUGGAGAAAAAUAUAUGAAUUUUUUGAUAUUUUUUUGUAAUUUUAUUCUCCGAUGAAAAAAAUAAUCUAUUAUUUCGUCAUUAACUGGAGAUUAAUUGGUCCUCAUGCGUAUGCUCAAUCGAUUCAAUUUCAUUUCAUAUUUUUCCAUCUC